AUGCCCACGAAAACAUAUGGGCCACCUCAGCCACAAACACAAUAUGCUUCUCCAUCGAAUAUAAACCCUUCUUCACUUCAAUAUCUUCCACCUCCACCUCUUCCAAACUUUCAGUUCCAUCCAUCUGUAAAGCACGGUCCACCAUUCAAUGCAAAUACUCCUCCUCAAGCAUCUCAUCCACCUUCCAACUUUCCACCACCUAAUGGAGCAAAGCCAAGCACUGCAGGAUCUCAGUACCGAGAUGAGUCUAUAAAAAAACCAGUCCUUGUUGAAACAGACGAUGUCUGUAAAAAAUGUCAGGAAAAGAGUAAAGUAACAGAUUCAGAGCCUGCUCAAGCGGAACACGUGACUGAGAACAUAGUGAAAACAACAGUCACACUCAGAGAUACUUCCUUGAAUCAUUUAAAACCCGAUGUACAGGUUGUUAAGAGUGUGCCUUUAGCAGAGUACCUAGAAUCUGUUCAAUACCCAAUGCAGAUCAUUGAAGCUCCAAUACUUGAUGUUCCUGACUUGCCAAAAUACUUCAAUCUGGGCUAUCAUAAUUUCCCACAAGUAAUAGAUAAUAAUAAGCUAUUGCAGGAGAACAAUUUAAAACCGAAUGAUCAGAAACAGUCUCAAAGCAGUGCCCAACAAAAUGCAUUGAUUAUAAAUCAUGAACCAAAUGCAUCUAACAUCACAUCACAAGAUUAUAAUUCAUCUGGAAGUCUGGACAACGUAAAUAUUUCAGAAGGGGACAGUCCUGGAGCAAUACGAGGUUGGGGUAUGCCCACCUAUGGGAGAGGAUGGGGAAACACUCCUCAACCGUUUGUGAUGCCAUCUGCCAGUCCUCCCAGAGGUCGAUUUGAGAACAGACCUGCUCCAAUUCCAAGCAAGAAAGGAUUCGAUCAAAUGCAACGAUAUCAGAACUUUUUUCCCACUGGGAAUUCCAAUAAUGCAUCUCCUUUUGGAAACUUUCCGUUGAGUUCUUCUGGAUCUAGUACCAUUGCUCCCCAACAGUUACAGCCAGUUAGGAUUAGCCAACCACUUAAUCUCCCUCCUCAUGUAAUUAAUCAAUUCUUAAAUUUGAACCAACAGCCCGCGUCUUGGCCAACCGGAUCAGAAGAUCUUCAACAAAUAUUUUCCUCAAAUCUUCAAGGUCUUUUAAAAGGUGAGGAGGACUCUGUAGAUUUUGCUCGACUUCAGAAAAACAUUGAUAAUUGGACAGCAGAAGGCUACAAACAAAAUUCACCCUCAGUGAAUUUCAUCCCGGUUACGACAAUCCCUCACAUAUUUAACUCCAAGAAAAUUCCGGAUGAAUACUUGACGUCUACUGAGCCAACCGUUUCAAACUCUUCCCAAUACGAGAAUAAAUCUGAUGUUGACAAAGAUCAUGAGGGAGCUGAAAGCCAGAAGCACCAAGUCAAAGUCCACCCUGACAUCCACUCCAAAGAUCAAGAGGAUAAAGAGGAGGAAGCCACUGGAACCUUAGAGAAUCUACUGAAUGGCUGGUCACUUUUGGAAACGAAAAUGACUAUGCCUCCAGCAACAACUUCGGAAGAACCGAUAACUGAAGAAUCGGUCACAGAAGCAGUCCCAACAUCAAAGGCUUGGGAAAAGAUCCAAGUCUCCAUAUCACCUCUUACUAAAGAGAAGGUCUAUGUGGUGACACCUGUGCCAGCGACUGAGAGUCAGGAGUCUCUUCUAUCUACCAGGGUUGAGCGCUCCUACUCUGUGGUGACUGCUGGAUCAGAUAAGGAGUCAAAAGUCCUGGUAGAUCCCACGAUAAAAAAGAGUCGAUGA